GGCAAGCGUCAGCUAGUAACGGGUGUCCGCCGUCGGUCCCCAGUACCCCACCAAUCUGGUCCCUCACACACGCUCACGGAGAACCGUUUCGACUCACGAGCACCAAGCCAGAGGCAGCCCGUCGUCCCGCACACGAGACACCAGAAGUGCGUCCGGGGCCGUUUUCGGGGAUCGCACGUUCCGAAUGACCGGAGCCAGCACACGCAAGAUAACAGUGGAAGUGACAUGAGAUUGUUGUGCCGCUGAACCGAGUACGCACACACUGAGGUACUCGCGCGACAGUUCCGCGUCUGGUGGUUUCAGUGAGGAGGAUAAUUUUCGCGUACGUGCGUCGCCUUUGAUUUCGACGGCGAAUUCUUUUGCGGCUCGCUCACGCACGCACGCACGCGUUUUAUUUUAUUUUGGACUUUCGCGAGUUGGACUGUUCAAAGACUGGUGGUUCGUAUGGUGAUGUCAGAGCAAGGGGGACUGGCCAUGCACCAGUUACCGAUGCACCAUCGCGGUUUGGUGCAACCGAGUCUCGUCAUGAACCCCCAUCCCAUCAACGAUUCUUGUUCCAUCGACUCGGGCAACAAAAAAUCAAGAAGACUGAGUCACUGCGUGGGAUGCGGGGGACAGAUCCACGACCAAUACAUACUUAGGGUAGCACCGGACCUAGAAUGGCACGCCGCCUGCCUUAGAUGUCAAGAAUGCAAAAUGUUCUUGGACGAGAACUGCACGUGUUUUGUUAGGGACGGUAAAACGUACUGCAAAAGGGACUAUGUAAGGUUGUUCGGUACGAAAUGUGAUAAGUGCGGCUCAUCGUUUAGCAAAAGCGACUUCGUGAUGCGCGCGAAGAACAAGAUCUACCACGUGGAGUGUUUUAGGUGCUGCGCGUGUGCGCGCCAAUUGUGUCCCGGGGACGAGUUCGCGCUAAGGGAGGGCGGCGCCCUCUACUGCAAGGAAGACCACGACGUCAUGGAGAAGACGUCGGCGCCGACGACGCCGCACCCCGCCACCGGCGAGAGCAACAACAACACGAGUUUAAGCAACAACAACAAUCACAGCAACAAUUCAACCGAAUUAGGCUGCAUGUCGGACUCCGGCUCGGAGAGCGGGUCGCACAAGGGCGGCGGCGGCGGCAUGAGGAAAGGCGGCGGCGGCGGUACCGGCAGCGACGGCAAGCCGACGCGGGUGCGGACGGUGCUGAACGAGAAGCAGCUGCACACGUUGCGCACGUGCUACGCGGCAAACCCGCGUCCCGACGCCCUGAUGAAGGAGCAGCUUGUCGAGAUGACGGGACUGUCGCCGCGUGUUAUCCGCGUGUGGUUCCAGAACAAGCGGUGCAAGGACAAGAAGAAGACGCUGCUGAUGAAGCAGCAGAUGCAGCAGGAGAAGUUUUACACACAGGACGGAAGGAAGUUGGGUUACGGCGCCAUGCAAGGCAUUCCGAUGGUUGCCUCGUCGCCGGUCCGUCACGAUUCGCCCAUCGGCGUCCACCCACUGGAAGUUCAAGCGUACCAGCCACCGUGGAAGGCACUGUCAGAUUUUGCGCUGCACUCCGAUCUCGAACAACCCCAUCAACCUGCCUUUCAGCAAUUAGUUAAUCAGAUGCACGGCUACGAUCUGCCGCCGCCGUCGAUGGGACCGACGCCCGGGGCGCCGCAUCCGGGCGGUCUGAUGGGUCCGGGCGGGCCGCCGCCCUCCGACGCGAUGACGCAUCCCGACAGCACGGACAGCUACGUGACGUACCUCGACAGCGACGAGAGCCUGCCCGCCAGUCCCUAACACCCAGGCGCGGCACUGAACUAGCCGCCCCCGGUAGCGGCGCUCCUGAUGUGCUGGGGCGCCAUGCUGAUGAGGCGCCCCGCUGCCACUCCACCGCCACACUGACCAAAACGAACGCCCUCUAUGCAACACAGCCCAGUAUUCAUUGUUGAUUUGAUUAUGUUGAGUAUGAUGGUUUGGGGACGGUGGGAAGAUGCAUUUCCACACGACUCGGAUUGUUCGCAUGAAAUGCGACCUGUCCGAAUGGCCGAAACGGAAUUUUAGUGUAUUUGUCUGUCAAUUUUUUGUUUUUAAAUACGAGAUUACCUACGCAAACUUAUUUAUUACAUUAAACUUUAGAAGGAAAACGGUAAAUGCAUCCUUUGAUCGUGCCAGUCCAAACACCAUGUGCAAUAUAUGUUUCCUAGAUAUUUUAGAAAUACUUUCUCACUAAAGAGCAAGUCCCUUAACCUUAUUAACUAUUGGUUCUAAUCAAAAAGUAAAGUACCUAUCAGGAAAUAAUAGCAAUUAAGAAUCAAUAAAUAUUUUAUUUUAUGUUGGAAAAUUGCUAUUUUUCCAUUUUUGAAAAAUAAUGUUCAUAAAUUAUUUAAUUAUGCUUUAAAUAAAUAUAUAAUAAAAGGAUUACAACCACUGUAAUUCGUCAAAAUUAUUAUUUCUUUGCAGUCGAUUCAAUUUACACCAAUAUUUUAGUCAAAUAUUCAUAAAAAUCAAUGUGAAUGUGAUAUUAAAUUAUUUGACGUUGACUCACUAAAAAAACAUUUACAUAGAUUUUUUAUUGACUAUUUUUAUGGUUUUUAUUAUAUGUAUAUGAAUAGGGUGAGCGAGUAACAAAAAAUCUAAACAAACAUCUGUAUCAUAUUGUAAUUUAUAUCUAUUGUAAUAUGUUAUAUUGUAUAAUUUGUUAAAAUCUAACAAGUGUCGCUAAUUUUUGUAGAUGUUAUUAAUUUUAGAUGAUACGUGCAUUCGAAAUGUAUAAAUAUUUUUACAGAGCUCUGUAUCACAUAAUUUAUUGCAAUGAAUUUAAAAUAUGUAUUUGAUAAAAAGAUCGUAAAUUACAUGUAAAUAAUGUUAUAUAAGAUUAAUUUGUAAAUAAAAUGAGAUAAUCAUUA